AUGUUUCCAGACGCUCUUGCCAACCUAACUUCUACCACUACCGUCUACGGCUGCUCGCUCAAUUCCGGUCGUCCAGUCAUAGACUGGACAUCGGAGUCAUUCGCGAAGAGCUCUCAGUUUAGUAUUCGGCAACCAGAUGGCAUGUACUCCGCAUCCUGUGAGUCUACCGGCCAAGAGGUCGAGAGCAAAGUCAUGGUAGUUCGAGGCAACGACGGCAAUGACAAUUUCAGUGGGUUGGACUUUAUUCUCCUAGGCCAGUCAGUAGAGCGAACGCUUGCAGAUCCCUCCAACUGCCCUACGAAAACUCUCUUCGCCCAAUCUAGAAGCAUGAUAGUGAGUAUCUAUAGCGGAGGCUCCUUGGCAAAGUCAACAAUAACGUCUGCGUGGAAUGCAAUCUCGUAUCUGCCAAUUCUCGGCCAUUCGACUCAGAUGCUCGUCGAGAUUUGCGAUGACAGUCGAGGACCUGAAAGGAUCUUAGGCAUUGCAAUUGACAUUCUCGAAAACCGCGAGCUGGUUGAAGAGUUUACUUUGGACUUUCACGUCCUCAGCUUCCGCGUCCUCAGAUUCCUCGUCCUCGGCCUUCACGUCCCCAGCCUCCGCAUCCUCAGCCUUCGCGUUCUCAGCCUAAGCGUCCUGGGCCACCUCAACAUCAGCCUAAGCGCCCUCGGCCGCCUCAACAUCAGCCUCCGCAUCCUGAGCCUACCUUCCAAAGCCGCGACCUGCAACGAUGUUCCGCCUGAGAAAGAAGUCGAUGUCGUCGCCUGGGACGAUACGAACACGGAUCUUAAUAUUCUUUGCAAGUUUGCCUGCAAGUACGGCCAUUGUCCACAAGAUAUCUGCACGAGCCGUAUCGAUGGACCAGAUACGAGUGACAUCGACAUCGUGGUAACCGACCCUGAGGACCCUCUCAACUAUAUCAAGCGUGUCAAGCAAAGCAAUUCGAAGAAUUGCAACAUCUACAAAGAGCCUCAACACUGGGACUACCAAAAGAAAAGUUGCGAUUCCAUCUGCAAGCCAGAAACUGAUCAAGCCAAGAAAGAAGGCAAAAUGUCUAAUGCGUUCUGCCUGGGCUUUUGGCCAAUCGACAAACCUAUCCCUUGGCAAAAGAUCGGCCCAGAUACGACAAUUGCUGGAGGGAAAUGCGAAUGCAACAACCCUCUGGUAAACGAAUUUGCAGAUAUCGUCUUGGAUGGCAUGCCACAGAUGGCUCAGAUCUCAUGCUAUAUUAUGAUGUCAACGCUGAAACUAGUGCUGGAAAUUGGUGUAGAAUUUAUUCCUGUGGUAGGCAAGCCAAUUAGCGCUGGCCUAGAAAUCGCCAACACGGCUGCUCAAAUGGCAGCAUAUCUUUAUCCCAAGGAAGAAGACCCUGAAGGCGCUUUCUCUUGGUGGCUUCAGCCAUGUGGCGGAACAAACUUGGUUCCGGAAGACAUCAAAAAAGUAUAUGACAUAUUGAGCAACUCGCCUGCUGGAAGAGACCGAUUCGAGAAGAAGAAGAAAUCGGAUAACCUCAAACAAGGUAGUGGCAAAAAGGGUGACGACAAUAACCCCACUGAUAGAAAGAUCCAAAAGGGGCGGAAGUGCAGGGUUCCACCAGCAAAAUCAACCAUGCGACUUGGGGCUGCUAAAAACACAUUGAGGAUACAAUCUUGUGUCAACGAUGCGACAAGGAAAAAUGAUUUAGUUGUAACAUCGAUUGUCUACGCACCCAACGCCAAGCCGACUGUUGUGGAGAGAGAAUGUAGCCAAAAAUGGUCUCAAGCUUGCUUCCAUUAUAGUUCGGCUAUCAAGGUCAAUCCGCAAUGGGCUACUCUAACUUGUCCGCCUGAAGCCGCGGCAACGGCGUGGCGCUUAGAUGCAGAAGCUGUGCCAGCCUUUCAGAAGCAACAUAAAGGAGGAAUGAAUCGAGGAGCAGGACAUAUGUGGAAAGGAAUAUGUCUUGGUGCCGCCAUCGAAGACAUGAAGGACUCCGAAUUCAAGGCCAAAGUCGAUGCCGAUCCCAACAGGAAGACCAUCAUACAAGGCGGCGUGACAAGGACUCAGGCCGCUAUCACGGCUACAGUUCGGCCAGAAUUUACCAUUAACAAAUGGGGGCAUGCUGCCAACCCACCGGCGAACGAUGGUCUGGAGCUCAAUACUUGUUGGCCAAACAAUAUUGCUGCGGGCGACCCAGGCUUUGCCUUGUUAACAUUUGAUCCAUACUACAACACCCAUCCGCGACUAUACAAUUACAGUAUACCAUAUGUUAAAGGUUCGAAUGGUUCCUGA